AUGAUUCAAGCAAAGGAGGAUGUUCAGGAACAAGAGAAUGACAAUGAGGUGAAGGUGAAUGAAAGACUAACCUUAAAGAAGUUGCUACAGUCUGGAUAUACACAUGCUGAUGCAGUAGCCACUAUGAAAGAGGUUUAUGGAGAAUUUGGGGAAACAGAUGUUGAUGAAAGAGAGGCUGAAGAAGGAGAAGUUGAAGAAAGAGAGGCCGAGGAAGAAGAAUUUGAAGUGAGAGAAGUUGGAGCAAGAGUGGUACCCUUGGGUCCUGGUUCUUACAAUAUCCACUGGAAGAAAAAGAUGACUCCCUCUAAAAGAAUUAGGAAACUGAAGCUCAAGAAAAUGGUCCAAUAUGUUGAUGGUGGUGGUUCUACCAAAACCCCUUGGGUUUUAGAUUAA